ACUAACUGGAUCUUCUGGGUUUGUAACAGAUGGACCUGGAAAUUAUAAAUAUAAAACGAAGUGCACCUGGCUCAUUGAAGGACAUAUGUUAUUGUGAUUGAAACGUGUCAAGAAGAUGAGGCCUCACUUGAAUAUGAAGCCAAAUAGAAUAAUGAGACUUCGUUUCAAUCAUUUUGCUACAGAGUGUAGUUGGGACCAUUUAUACGUUUAUGAUGGGGACUCAAUUUAUGCACCGCUAGUUGCUGCAUUUAGUGGCCUCAUUGUUCCUGAGAGAGAUGGCAAUGAGACUGUCCCUGAGGUUGUUGCCACAUCAGGUUAUGCCCUGCUGCAUUUUUUUAGUGAUGCUGCUUAUAAUUUGACUGGAUUUAAUAUUACUUACAGUUUUGACAUGUGUCCGAAUAACUGCUCAGGCCGAGGAGAGUGUAAGAUCAGUAAUAACAGCAAUACUGUUGAAUGUGAAUGUUCUGAAAACUGGAAAGGUGAAGCAUGUGACAUUCCUUACUGUACAGACAACUGUGGUUCUCCUCGUCGAGGCAUCUGCAAUUCAAGUGAUGUCAGAGGAUGCUCCUGCUUCUCUGGCUGGCAGGGUCCUGGAUGUUCAGUUCCUGUACCAGCUAACCAGUCAUUUUGGACUCGAGAGGAAUAUUCUAACUUAAAGCUCCCCAGAGCAUCUCAUAAAGCUGUGGUCAAUGGAAACAUUAUGUGGGUUGUUGGAGGAUAUAUGUUCAACCACUCAGAUUACAACAUGGUUCUAGCGUAUGACCUUGCUUCUAGGGAGUGGCUUCCACUAAACCGUUCUGUGAACAAUGUGGUUGUUAGAUAUGGUCAUUCUUUGGCAUUAUACAAGGAUAAAAUUUACAUGUAUGGAGGAAAAAUUGAUUCAACUGGGAAUGUGACCAAUGAGUUGAGAGUUUUUCACAUUCAUAAUGAGUCAUGGGUAUUGUUGACUCCUAAGGCAAAGGAGCAGUAUGCAGUGGUUGGGCACUCCUCACACAUUGUUACGCUGAAGAAUGGCCGAGUGGUCAUGCUGGUCAUCUUUGGUCACUGCCCUCUCUAUGGAUAUAUAAGUAAUGUGCAGGAAUAUGAUUUGGAUAAGAACACGUGGAGUAUAUUACACACCCAGGGUGCCCUUGUGCAAGGGGGUUACGGCCAUAGCAGUGUUUAUGACCACAGGACCAGGGCCCUGUAUGUUCAUGGUGGCUACAAGGCUUUCAGUGCCAAUAAGUACCGGCUUGCAGAUGAUCUCUACCGAUAUCAUGUGGAUACCCAGAUGUGGACCAUUCUUAAGGACAGCCGAUUUUUCCGUUACUUGCACACAGCUGUGAUAGUGAGUGGAACCAUGCUAGUAUUUGGAGGAAACACACACAAUGACACAUCUAUGAGCCAUGGUGCCAAAUGCUUCUCUUCAGAUUUCAUGGCCUAUGACAUUGCCUGUGACCGCUGGUCAGUGCUUCCCAGACCUGAUCUCCACCAUGAUGUCAACAGAUUUGGCCAUUCAGCAGUCUUACACAACAGCACCAUGUAUGUGUUCGGUGGUUUCAAUAGUCUCCUUCUCAGUGACAUCCUGGUAUUCACCUCGGAACAGUGUGAUGGGCAUCGGAGUGAAGCCGCUUGUUUAGCAGCAGGACCUGGUAUCCGGUGUGUGUGGGACACAGGGUCAUCUCAGUGUAUCUCGUGGGCGCUGGCAACUGAUGAACAAGAAGAAAAGUUGAAAUCAGAAUGUUUUUCCAAAAGAACUCUUGACCAUGACAGAUGUGACCAGCACACGGAUUGUUACAGCUGCACAGCCAACACCAAUGACUGCCACUGGUGCAAUGACCAUUGUGUGCCCAGGAACCACAGCUGCACGGAAGGCCAGAUCUCCAUUUUUAGGUAUGAGAAUUGCCCCAAGGAUAACCCCAUGUACUACUGUAACAAGAAGACCAGCUGCAGGAGCUGUGCCCUGGACCAGAAUUGCCAGUGGGAGCCCCGGAAUCAGGAGUGCAUUGCCCUGCCCGAAAAUAUCUGUGGCAUUGGCUGGCAUUUGGUUGGAAACUCAUGUUUGAAAAUUACUACUGCCAAGGAGAAUUAUGACAAUGCUAAAUUGUUCUGUAGGAACCACAAUGCCGUUUUGGCUUCUCUUACAACCCAGAAGAAGGUAGAAUUUGUCCUUAAGCAGCUGCGAAUAAUGCAGUCAUCUCAGAGCAUGUCCAAGCUCACUUUAACCCCAUGGGUCGGCCUUCGGAAGAUCAAUGUGUCCUACUGGUGCUGGGAAGAUAUGUCCCCAUUUACAAAUAGUUUACUACAGUGGAUGCCAUCUGAGCCCAGUGAUGCUGGAUUCUGUGGAAUUUUAUCAGAACCCAGUACUCGGGGACUGAAGGCUGCAACCUGCAUCAACCCACUCAAUGGUAGCGUCUGUGAAAGGCCUGCAAACCACAGUGCCAAGCAGUGCCGGACACCAUGUGCCUUGAGGACAGCAUGUGGAGAGUGCACCAGUGGCAGCUCUGAGUGCAUGUGGUGCAGCAACAUGAAGCAGUGUGUGGACUCCAAUGCCUACGUGGCCUCUUUCCCUUUUGGCCAGUGUAUGGAGUGGUAUACAAUGAGCACCUGUCCCCCUGAAAAUUGUUCAGGCUACUGUACCUGUAGUCAUUGCUUGGAGCAACCAGGCUGUGGCUGGUGUACUGAUCCCAGCAAUACUGGCAAAGGGAAAUGCAUAGAGGGUUCCUAUAAAGGACCAGUGAAGAUGCCUUCGCAGGCCCCUACAGGAAAUUUCUAUCCACAGCCCCUGCUCAAUUCUAGCAUGUGUCUGGAGGACAGCAGAUACAACUGGUCUUUCAUUCACUGUCCAGCAUGCAAGUGCAAUGGGCACGCGUCGCUGUGCAACACCAACACGGGCAAGUGCUUCUGCACCACCAAGGGCGUCAAGGGGGACGAGUGCCAGCUAUGUGAGGUAGAAAAUCGAUACCAGGGAAAUCCUCUCAAAGGAACAUGUUAUUAUACUCUUCUUAUUGACUAUCAGUUCACUUUUAGUCUAUCCCAGGAAGAUGACCGCUAUUACACAGCUAUCAAUUUUGUGGCUACUCCUGAUGAACAAAACAGGGAUUUGGACAUGUUCAUCAAUGCCUCCAAGAAUUUCAACCUCAACAUCACCUGGGCUGCCAGCUUCUCAGCUGGAACCCAGGCUGGAGAAGAGAUGCCUGUUGUUUCAAAAACCAACAUUAAGGAGUACAAAGAUAGUUUCUCUAAUGAGAAGUUUGAUUUUCGCAACCACCCAAAUAUCACUUUCUUUGUUUAUGUCAGUAAUUUCACCUGGCCCAUCAAAAUUCAGAUUGCCUUCUCCCAGCACAGCAAUUUUAUGGACCUGGUACAGUUCUUCGUGACUUUCUUCAGUUGUUUCCUCUCUUUGCUCCUGGUGGCUGCUGUGGUUUGGAAGAUCAAACAAAGUUGUUGGGCCUCCAGACGUAGAGAGCAACUUCUUCGAGAGAUGCAACAGAUGGCCAGCCGUCCCUUUGCCUCCGUAAAUGUCGCCUUGGAAACAGAUGAGGAGCCUCCUGAUCUUAUUGGGGGGAGUAUAAAGACUGUUCCCAAACCCAUUGCACUGGAGCCAUGUUUUGGCAACAAAGCCGCUGUCCUCUCUGUGUUUGUGAGGCUCCCUCGAGGCCUGGGUGGCAUCCCUCCUCCUGGGCAGUCAGGUCUUGCUGUGGCCAGCGCCCUGGUGGACAUUUCUCAGCAGAUGCCGAUAGUGUACAAGGAGAAGUCAGGAGCCGUGAGAAACCGGAAGCAGCAGCCCCCUGCACAGCCUGGGACCUGCAUCUGAUGCUGGGACCAGGGACUCUCCCGCGCACGAGCCAGUGAGUGGCACACCAGAGCUGUCUGCAGGGAAGGACACGGCGGGGAAACGGCUGUGCGGUGCGGGGCAGAAGACUGGAAACCCUCAAAGCAUCUGACUCACCUGCAUGACCACAAGCUUUCUUUGACGGUUUCUCCCAUCCGUGUUCCAGCAUCUAACCUUUUACUUUUGCAUAGGAAAUACUUGAUUUAAUUACAGGUCCAGGAAUGAGCUGAUGGUUGCUGGAGGAGGCCGGUGUAGAGCCAGUGAGAGAACUAGGAAUGACACUCAGGUUCACUGUGGAAAACUGUUCUUGGGACUGUCUCAACUGCAAAAAACAAAAGAUGGAGUGUUUACAAGUAGAUGUUCGUCAUCAGUUGUUCUUGAACAUGGUCUUUUAAAAACUAGUCAGAUGAAUUAACUGGUUUUCAUCUGAAGCCUGCUAUCUUUUUUAAAAGAUGUGCUGUUUAUUCUUGCACGAUUUAGGCAAUUCUCUCUCUUCCAGGGAGUACCUUUUUUUCUAGUUGAGAAUUGAUAAUGGUCCAUCUCUUUUGAUCAUAUCAAGCUAGGAUAGAAGGGGGGCUAUUUUCAAUGUCAAGGUCAACAGCGUUACUUCAAAUGUAAACUGGUAUAACAGGUAGUUUUCUAUAGCAACUUGAUUAAUUUAGUCUUAAUCCAUUUGAAACUCUCUCUUCCUUUCUCUCUGCCUGUCCUUCUCCUUCUCCCUCUCCAUCUUACCCCCCCCUCUCUCACAUACACACACAAAUACAUACACACAACACUAAGUGCCUAGACUUUAAAUAGAUCUAGCAAUUGGAAAGUUAGUAAGCCUAAGUUUUUACAUAAUUGCAUUCCUACAUUCUUGUAAAAUUUAAAUAGCUACCAUUGGCAAUCUGCUUUUUUUCUAAAAUCUGAUUUGCAGCCAGGAAAGAAUUUUCUUACCCCAAGGAACGUCUGACCUAGCAGCAGGGAUGAGAGGAAAGCAGAAAUGAAUGAACUGUGAAAGCUCCUGUUUUUAUUAUCAAAAAGGACACUGUCAAGAAGGCGCCCCUUGCCCCCACCCCCAUGUCACCCUAGGCCUGAUAAGUGAUCAGAGGAAGGGACUCAUUCAUGUCACGUUUCCUUGAGCAGAAAAGAGCACUGAGAACACUUGGGACCCCUGGAUCAGAGAGCAGCUGUGUGUCCUGCAGCCUCCUCUGAACUUGUGGUUCAUCCUUAGGCUGGGGUGGACUCAGAUGCCAGGAGAGAGACAGCCUCCCAUUGUCAGGCAGAAGCUGCCCAAAGCCUAGAGAAGGACCUGUUUGCCCUCUUUUCCCCAGGAGGGGCUCGACCCACCCCCCCACCCACCCUCCCUCUCAGACCAAGGUGGUGACUGUGAGGAGGGCAGCAAAUGCUGACAAGGAUGAAAAGCACAUGGAAAAAAAAUGGAUGAGGAGGGAAAACUCUAUGCCAAAUGGAAAAUGACCAAAUUUAGAUUUAAGAGAGUGGGACAGUCCCCUGCGCCUCUCCCAGAGGGCACUGCCUGGAAAUUGUGUUUUCCCGAUUUAUGGUGCUCCGUUCUGGCAUUACGCGGCCGCCUCCCAGAAGCUCUCUUCUGCUUCAAAACCUGGGAUCUCUGGCAUUACCCUAUUGGGAUGGACCGCUGGACAGCAAUGCUCGAGUUUGUGAAUUUGGAGAAACACUCAAAAGAGCCAAAACUGUGGCAUUUUACCUUUAAAUGCCAUGCCUAGAGAGAGAGUAUUGUCUCUUCCCCAACACUAGCUCCACUCCCAUGAAGAAUUGCCUGGAAAGAUGUUUUCAAGGAAGUUGAACCAUAAAACACUAUCUGAUGCACAAAACACCUCUACUUUGAGACUCACCUCUCAUAAAGCUUCUUUUUCACAUUAUUGUUGAAGAGCAGACAUUCUAGAAAAGACCCCUCCUCUCAUGAGCUCCCCCAUCCCUGCUACAGAAAACAGC